AUGGCUGGUACCUUUGCCGUUUUGUUCCUGUCCUUUUUUUAUAGCGCCCUUGGAGGAUAUUUGGGAAAAAGAAUAUUUAUAUUCAAUAAUGUUGCUUUGUUUAUUUCGGAUAUAUUUCUUAUAUUCAUUUUGUGUGGAGAAUUCGACUUCACCACUAAGGGGGCGUAUGUUUUAGCGAUAGGAUCAGUAUUAGCAGGACUAUUACUUUGCAUCCCGGUAAUGGAGUUCGGAGCCCAAAAUAACGUAUACUAUUGGGCCUCCGACGAAUUUCCUCAAGAGAAUGUCUUCUCCUACCUUAUUACUGUUAUUUUCUCGGUUAUUACAGCCAUGGUUGAAAUAGCUGAAUUACAACUCUUACUCAGCGGCGACUGGGUGGAACUCGGUGAGAGCGAUUAUUCGUUUGGUGCAUACCUCAUGUUUGUGUCUCUGGUCGACUAUCCCAUUCGAUUCAGUAGGAAGAAAGGCUGGCUCGACAGUUGUAACCCAAAUGCAGGCGAUGAUGAUGAAGAAUAA